UGCUCCUUCAUCCAGACAGGGGCGGACUGACAACUCAUGGGGCCACCUGUCAAUGAUCAGGGGUGCACUCAAACCACACCCAAAAAAGCCUAUAAAAAGUACCAGGGGCAUCUCAUGGGGCCCCCUACUGACCCCGGGCCCUCGGGCAGUGCCCGAGUUCCCAAAUGGUCAGUCUGCCCCUGGAAAUGAUACAUGUAUGGUUAUCCCUAGCAAUGGCACUAUAGCCUACACUAGACAGCAAACUACAUAUUGGACUAAAAAUGUACUGCAUCUACUCUAACCUACA